UUACCCAGCUGAGGAGUAGGUCUAGCUGCACGAGCACACAUGCUAGCAACAGCACAUUAGUUCAGUAGCACUGUAAACAUUGGAGUGUUUUUCCUCUGCGCACACAGGUAGCCGAAAAUGUCGGCUGCUGUUCCAAGUUUAAGAAGAAUACGUUUGGUUUAUCCUGGCUUCAGGAAGUUCACAACUUCGGCGAAUCAGUCAAAAGGGGAUCACAAUGUGAAGCCAUUGAAGGGCAUCAAAGUCAUCGACAUGACCAGAGUGCUGGCGGGCCCCUUUGCCACCAUGAUCCUGGGUGACCUUGGAGCUGAGAUCAUCAAGGUGGAGAGACCUGGAAGAGGAGAUGACACGAGGGCCUGGGGUCCCCCGUUUGUAGGAGAGGAGAGUGCAUACUUCCUCAGUGUCAACAGAAAUAAGAAGAGUAUUGCUGUAAAUCUCAAAGACCCCAGAGGAGCCAGAAUCAUAACCGAGUUGGCGAAGGUGUGUGACGUGCUGGUGGAGAACUACCUCCCUGGAGGCCUGAAGAAGAUGGGCCUGAGCUACGAGGACCUGGCACCAGCAGCCCCCAGACUCAUAUACUGCUCCAUAUCAGGCUAUGGUCAGACGGGUCCUCAUUCUCUCAGGCCGGGAUAUGACUCCAUCGCCUCUGCUGUGUCCGGCAUGAUGCACAUCACAGGCCCUGAGGGUGGAGAGCCGGUGCGUCCGGGCGUAGCCAUGACAGACCUGGCGACGGGACUGUUUGCUCACGGGGCCAUCAUGGCUGCUCUGCUGCACAGGGGCCACAACGGCCGGGGCCAACACAUAGACGCCAACCUGCUCUCAUCACAGGUGGCCUGCCUCACACACAUCGCCUCAAACUACCUCAAUGCUCAGAAGGAGGCCAAACGCUGGGGAACAGCACAUGAGAGCAUCGUGCCCUACCAGGGCUUCAAAACCAGAGAUGGCUUUCUUGUUGUCGCUGCUGGAAACGAUCAACAGUUCUUCAACGUUUGUAAGGUACUGGGUCUUGAUGCACUGAUUGACGAGCCAAAAUACCAGACCAACACUCUCAGAGUACAGCACAGACAGGAGCUGCUGAAGACCCUCUCACAGAGGUUGAGUGAGGAGAGCACAGGUGAGUGGCUGGAGAGGUUUGAGGGCUCAGGUGUUCCUGUGGGGCCCAUCAACAGCAUUCAGCAGGUCUUCUCAGACCCACAGGUCCGUCACAAUGGCCUGGUGCAGGAGAUGGACCAUCCCACUGCAGGCCCCAUCGCUGUUCCGGGUCCAGCGGUGCGCUUCAGCGGCUUUGAGUUUGAUCGGCCGUCCCCUCCCCCGACCGUGGGCCAGCACACCGUCGAGGUCCUCAGGAACACGCUGGGCUACAGUGACCAGGAAAUACAACAGCUCCUUCAGGACAAGACCGUGGAACAGCAGCAGCUCUGAUGGAUAUCCCACCCAGACAUACAUACUGUAUAUGCGAUGGGCAACCUGGAUUCAGAAGCUACAAACCUGUGCCACAUAUUCCAAAUGACCGGGUGAUAAACGUCCCCAAUUGGACAGGUAAAACCACGUCUUUUGGAAUAUGUGGCAUGGGAUUGUAGCUCCAGAAUCCAGGUAGUUCAUCAGCAUCAGUUCAUCAUGCAACCGCUCCUUCAGAACAAGACCAUUCAACAGCAGCUCGAACACACACCUGACUCAGCCUUGAACAUGUGCUGCUAAUUUUCAGACUUUUAGACUACUGUGUGUUCAAACUAAGAUGCCCGGGUCUUCACACAACACACAUAACCAUGGCUUCACAUUACCCUGACUGAAGUAGCUUCAUUGGCUCCCAGUGAAGGUUUGUAUCACAUACAUAAUCCUGCUCCCUCCUCCUUGCUCCCCUAGUAACCUCUCAGACAUCAACUCGUCACAUUUUAAUCAAGGAAAUCUAAGGCAUUCAAGAUUGCAGAUUCUACACAUAUAUUUAUUACGUGACAAACCUGAAAACAAGCAUUUCUUUGCCCUGACACAAGUUUGAGAUUCGAUGAGUACCAAGGAGGACACCCUGAAGCGCUCCAAAUUCCUGUUUGUUUUCUGACCACUUUGCAGGCGUGAUAAUUAUCUAGCUGCUGGUCUGAAGUACAGUACAGUAGCAUCUAUGAAACUAAAUAUCUAGCAGCUGUGAAGCUCGGCAACCUCCACUCACCCAGCUCGGGCGGGAAUGUUUAAACCUGCUAACAAUGACAACUCUGGGGGGUGCUGUGGUUCAAUGGGCUAAGGCGCUGUCCCAUAAAACUGGGAACCCACGUUCGAUUCCGACCCAAGGUCAUUUCCCGAUCCUUCCCCAUAUCUCUCUCCCUCUUAUGUCCUGUUCCCCCUUCUUUGACUAUCCUUAUCACAUUAAGGGCUAACAAAAUCCUAAAAACAUAGUUCAAAGUGACUCUUGAUUACAUUUAAGUAAUGAUAAUACAUUUUAUACAGUAUUUUCUUGGCUCUCAAAGAGAGUCAAGAUUUUCUUUUUGUAUUUAUUUUUGUUAAUUUUUGUCUGGGGCACUGAGAAUAACACUCCUCAUUUGUCAUGAUGCAACUGCACCAAACCAUGAUUUGCAUUGCACUAAUGUUUACAAAUUAAUUUAAAAUAUAACUGAAUAUUAUAUUUGAAUGUGAUUAUCACAUGAAUGGAUUUCCUCUGUG